AUGACCGGCAAACAUCACCUGGAAGUGGCCGUGCCGCUGGACAGGACCAUCAGCCUAAACGUGCACAACCGGCAAGGUGGAGCAGCCGCAGCGUCCCGGUCACCGUCGUCGCUCAAGGACCGGUGGUACAGCUUCCGGCACCGGCCGGGCGGCGGCGGUGGCGACCAUCGACGGCGGUCCAACGUCGAGGAGUUCCUGUUCAUGGAGAGUCUACCGGACACGCCAGCCACCGACGAGCCGCCGUCCGCGGCCGAACAGGAGAUCGAACUGUCCAUAACCAUACGGAAGGACACCAUUAGGCGCGACCUGAUGGACUCAAUGCGCACGUGCAACGGGCGGCUGCAGCUCAUGGAACUUGUAGAGCUCGGCGAGUUCGACCCGGGUGGCGUGCAACCGCCACCCAACCAGAGCGAGCUGGACAGGCUGCUCUGCUGGGCCGUUUACAUCGGCGCGCCGGCCGAAUGCCUGGACACGCUGCACGAGUGCGGCGCCAACUUGCACUAUUCGCACUGCGGCAACAUCACGGCCGUUCAUUUGGCCGCCUUCAUGGGCAACGCCGACGCGCUCAGGUGGCUUAUAAAAAAAAAAUGUGACAUGGACACAAUUCAAAGUGGAUAUACACCAUUACAUUCAGCUGUUAUGGGCAACGCUUUAGAAACUACAAAAAUUCUGAUAGACCAGAGAUGUAAAGUAACUGACACAGUAUUACAUUGUGCAGUACAAGCCAAUGCUGUAGAAUGUGUCAAGUACUUACUAAACAUUGGUAUAGACCCCAACACUUUGGAUACCAAUGGGAAUACACCCCUUCAUUUAGCAGCAGACAAAGGAUAUACAGAAUGUCUAAAACUUCUUUUAGCUAGAAGUAAUAAAACAAUAAAUUUAAAUUCUAAAUCUAGGCAAUCGACGGCCUUGCAUAUGGCGGCUGAAAAUGGUUAUACAGAAUGUGUUCAAAUACUUUUACACACAGGGUCUAGUCAUAGUGCGGUAAACUAUAAGAAUCAAACUGCUUUACAUCUAGCUGCCAAAGCUCAAUGUGCCGAAUCUGUUGUUAUAUUAUUAGAAUUAGGAGCCGAAGUAAAUGCUUUAGAUAUCGACAAAAGGACAGCUUUGCAUUCUGCAGUUUGUAAAGCUUAUUUAUCAUUCCACGUGGUUGAAGUAUUGGUAAAAUGGGGCGCAAAUGUCAAUAUUAAAGAUAGAUAUGGGUACGCUCCUCUUCACAUAGCUGCUUUAAAUGAGUUAUCCCAAUGUGUCGAUUUUUUAAUCAUAAAAGGAGCUGACAUAAGUUCUAGAACGGUAGGCGGGAUGAGUGCUUUAAGCAUAAUAAACAGAAAAACACCCACAAGUAUAAAUACAAUCAAAAAAAAAUUUGACCAGGCAAUUACAUUAAAUGACCAAGCUUCCGCCAAAGAAGUUGAACUAAUAAUGGAUUUUCGAUACUUAUUACAAAAUCCUAGUCAAGGGGAAAUCAUUUUAUUACACACAUUGGAAGAAUGUGGUCAAAAGUCUAUGCUUGAACAUCCAUUAUGUAAAGCAUUUUUGUACUUAAAAUGGCAAAAAAUUCGUAGAUUUUAUUUUGUACGUCUGGUUUUUGAUGCAAUUUUUGUUUUACUCUUAACCACUUAUGUAAUGACAGCUUUAGCACAUGAUUGUUAUAAUAAGUCAAGAAACCUAACAGACAAACAAAAAAUAACUCAUAGUCAAGAACUAAACGAAUCGGAGAAUCAAAAUGCCUGUCGUUUAAAUGUGAAUGUAUAUUUUGAUUCACAAUUAAUAUCACACAUAAUUAUAGAAUUUGUUUGGUAUAUAUUGUUGGUAUUUACAAUCGUCAUAAUAAUCAGAAAAUUAAUUGGCACCACAGGAUUUACUUCAGUCAAACAAUAUUUUUUAAACAUUACUAACAUUGUUGAAUGGUUUGUGGUUGCAAGUGUUUUUUUAACAUCCUUUUUAUAUGGAAAUAAAACAUAUGACUGGCAAAACCCUAUUGGAGCAUUUUCCGUUUUGUUUGGAUGGUCAAAUUUAAUGGUGAUGAUUGGCCAGUUACCUAUAUUUGGAACAUAUAUUGCUAUGUUUACCAAAGUUCAAAAGGAAUUUGCUAAAUUGUUGCUAGCUUACUCAUGUUUGCUUAUAGGAUUUACAAUAAGUUUUUGCACACUAUUCCCUACAUCAGAUGAUUUUAAUAAUCCCUUAAUAGGUAUAGCAAAAGUUCUAGUAAUGAUGACAGGAGAACUUGACAUAGAUUUGCUAUUGAAAUCUGAAGAAUCUCCAAUUAUUUUUAAUGUUAGUGCUUAUAUAACUUUUAUACUGUUUAUUGUAUUUGUUACCGUUGUACUAAUGAACUUGCUAGUCGGAAUAGCAGUUCACGAUAUCCAAGGUUUGCACAAAACUGCAGACCUCUCAAAGCUUGUCAGACAAACUCAACUAAUUCACUCUCAAGAACAAGCAUUAUUUCAAGGUUGUUUACCUAGGCGUGUUAUAAAUUUUUUUAAUUGGAGCGCAAGAGUUACACCAUCAGCAUAUCGAGUGGUACUUUAUGUAAAACCUUUAAAUCCUACAGAAAAAAGAUUACCAAAAUACAUAAUGGAAGAUGCAUUGAAUAUAGCAAGACAACAACGAUUAAAUACAGUUGACUAUAAACAAGCUAUGUUAGAAAAUAAAAUGGAAAACAAGGCUUUAGUUGAAGAAAUUAAACAACUAAAAGAAAUUGUACAAAAUCAACAAGAUCUCUUAUUAAAGCUUAUUAAUAAAUCUUCAUAA